AUGGCGGAGCAGAAGAAGACGCCCAAGGAGUCACACGAGGAGAAGAGGACGAUCCCGCCGUUUGACGGCAAGGACUACGAGGUCUGGCACGAGCGAGUCAAGCUCAAGCUGGAGAGGAAGAAGCUGUGGAAGUACUGCAUGGAGGACUGGCUCGAGCCGGACGAGAGCAAGGAGGCAGAGGCGCACGCGACGUGGACGAGCGAGAUGGUCCACGCCAAGGAGAUCAUCUACGACGCAAUGACGAAUCACAUAAUGAAGACUAUUAUGGGCAAGACGUACCUGAAGUGCGCUGAGGAGGGGGCCAAGCUCAGCCGGUUACGGCUCGCUCCCAACGGCAAUGUACCAGAUCACCUGAGCGAGAUGCGUCGGCUGAUGGAGACCAUUGCUGGAGUCGGGCGUCCUGUGGACGAUCACAAGCCCCAAAAUGCUGAUGAUCCUCCUAAUUGUGAACAACUUGAACUCGCAUUGGAGAUGGCUUACGACCAUCGCCAAGGUCGGAAAGCAGAGGGCGCCAAGGACAAUCAUGAUGAAAAAAGGCGUUCUUUGCUGGUGGAGGAAGAGGUCGAGGACGAGGUCGCGGCCGUGGACGUGGUGGUCGAUCUGGAGGACACGGGCGCGGUUCCGGUGGUGGACGUGGUUCUGGCGGUCGCGGGAGCCAAGGUGGCGGACAUGGAGCUGGACGUGGCCAAGCCGGCAGUGGACAAAAAUCAGGUGGUGCUUGUUAUCACUGCCAUGAAGCAGGGCAUCAUGUGUUUGAUUGCCCGUUUCUUGGCAAGCGACCUCCAGCCGAGGAUCGCAGCAGCACCCAAGCUCAGAAGCGCGUGA